AUGCAAUUAAAUUAAAGUCCUAUUCCAUAGGAGAAACUAAGUUUUCUUAAUACUCUCUUAGACAAGGAACUUGAUAUGCUUAAAUACAAUAAUGUCCCAAGUUAUCUUCAAAAAACAUAGCCUUCAUCUUAUUUUGAAUAGGAAUCAAUUUAGUAAUCUAGUAUAAGAGCAUUAAGUAAUAAUCCUACAUCAUAAACUAAACGAACUACUAAUGGGGAUUUAAAAGAAAUCUAAGAUAAAAUUGUUACUAUUGAGGCAAGAAUUCAAAAAAAUAUUGAUAAACAAAUUCAACCUAAUCAUUAAUUAUAACAAUAAGAGAUUAAGGAUUCAGAUGAGGAAACACCUUUAAAGAAUAAAUACAAUCAUAUUUAAUCAUCACAUAAAAAACAAAUUAAAUUUACAGAGUAAGAACAUUCAACUAAAACACUUAAUAAAUAGUCUUUUCAUGAGGAAAGAAAGAAUAAAUUUUAAUAAUUAGAAAAGAAUAUUGAAAGUGCAGAGAAUAAAUUAUCUCAAUCAAAAGCACAAAGAAAAUCUUCAAGUUAAGCUAAAUCUAAAAGUAAAGAAAAAUCUUAGAAUUCUUUAUAAAGAGGUAUUAGCAGUCAAUAAUAAGAUGUUUAAUAAUUAUAAAUUAAAGUAUCAUAAUUAAGAAAAUAAUGGGAAGAUGAUAGAACUCAAUUAAUUAAAGAAAAACAAAAGAAUUAAUAAAUGUAAUAGUAAAUAGAUUAAUUAAACAAAAAAUUGAAGAAAGCCUUAUAAUAAAAUGAAAAAUAUAGUUAAAUUGAAUAAGAAUAAUAAAGAUUAUAGGAAAAUUUUGAAAAAAGUGAAUUUAUUAGAUAAUAGUAAAAAUAAUUAAUAUAAACUUUGAAAUAAGAAAUUGAAGAAUUAAAAUCAAAUAAUAAUAAUACUAAAAGUAAAUCAAAAAAAAGAGGAUUGGAAGAUAAUAGUAAUAAAUACUUAAAUAAAUGA